AUGAACCCCCACCAAAAGAACAAGGUCGACAUCAACUCGCUCUCCCCAGACGAGCAACGCCUCUUCCGCCUCUACGGCAAGCUCCCCUCCAAAUCCGACCACCUGGCCAAGCACCUCAAAGAGCGCAAAUACUUCGACUCUGGCGACUACGCCCUCUCCAAAGCCGGCAAAGCCAGCUCCGUCGACACCGGCAGCGUCGGCUCCCAGCACCCCCUCCCCGAAAACAUCCCACACCUGUCAUCGCCCGGCGUAGGCAGUGCCAACCAGGGCGGCAGCGGCAAUGGCAAUGUCCACCCCCACUCUGGCAGCACGGCUGGUCUGCAGAGCGGCAGUCCGGUCAAGGAGAGCAGCUUCUUGAACAGGGAGACUAGUGUGGAUGAGAUGGAUGAUAAGAGGGCUGGUGAGAGGGCAGAUAACAUCAGUCCGCCUCCUGCGAAGGAAGGUAUUCCGAUUAGAAGAUAG